AUUCACAACAAGUGUAGCUUUAAUUUGGUGUAUAGAAUGUGUGAUUUCAUCAAAGUUUAAUUUUUAUAGUAAUUGAUUUGAAUUUGGCGCUCUGCAUUUUCACUGGAUGUUGGCCAGUUGGGACGCUAGCGUUCCACAUAUCCCAGAGAGGUUAACUUCCUGUUCAAGUUCACUGGUGUUACCUAAACUAUAAAACCCAGCACCAGUAAUCAGAAAUGAUCACAGUGUUUCCGAUCAAACUAUUCAGACCUUGUCACGCCCUGACCUUAGAGAUCCUUUUUAUGUCUCUAUUUGGUUUGGUCAGGGUGUGAUUUGGGGUGGGUAUUCUAUGUUCUAUUAUUUGUAUUUCUAUGUUUUGGCCGGGUAGGGUUCUCAAUCAGGUACAGCUGUCUAUCGUUGUCUCUGAUUGGGAACCAUACUUAGGUAGCCUUUCUUCCCACCUGUCUUUGUGGGAAGUUGACUUUGUUUAGGGCACAUAGCCUUUGAGCUUCACGGUUUGGUUUUGUAGUGUUUACUGUUUUGUUUGGCGUCAUUUUGAUUCACCACGCUGCACCUUGGUCCUCAUCUUUCAACAGCCGUGACAACCCCUCCCAUCUAUCUCUGUUACUAUUUGAUGCACAUGCUACUUCACAGUAUUAUGUUGGAACUAUACUGUAAAAAUAAUUAACUAAAAUAUAUUGUGGGACAAUAUCAGGUUCCACACAAGGCAUGGUUUCAGACCCAUCCCUGAUUCAUGACCUUAUACCUGCCCCCAUUCUCCCCUUCCCUCAACCCCAUUUUUCAGAAUGGAGGUGGAAGGUGUACAAUUGCCAUGACCGUGCCACCCUCCUUCUGGGCAUGGAUGAGCCAUGCGACGACAUCAAUGCAGACUAACGUCAAGCUUGGAUUCGCCAUGCCAUAAGGUUUUUGCCAACGUGCAUGAACAAAGAGGACAUUCACUGUGAUGUGGAUGAGAAUUCAUGGCCAAAUGCUCAAGACAGGCUUGAUGCAAAUGAAUGCAUGCUGUUACGUUCUUAUUUUUCAGAGUAAAUAACCCACGGACACUAGAGAAGCUUCAACCAAGUUUAAUUCUUCCCAAAGGUCCUGUACAGCUGUAAUCAGACAACCCAACAUUUGUCCCAUCAGAUAUUUACAUCCCACUUAAGACACUCCUCCUUCUCUCCAAUCCUUACAUGUUAUGGCUCUACAGGAAGCUAAUAAAAAGGGUAACAGGAUAACAAACCUUGAUUACUCCCUUAAGAGAAUCUGUCCUCACCUCCUGACCUCAACCCCUCCUUCAUCUAAUCUACAGAUGUCUCCCGUUUCACACGUCGCUCUCCUCUCAUCCCUCCAACACAUUCCGAAGCCACCGGUCUUUCUUCAGAGAACCAUUAACUUUCUCCUUUGAUUCUAUGCUUCUUCUCUCUCAUUUAUUAAAUAUCUCAAUGUUCAAAAUGUCGAACCCAACAAAGCUAAACGUUAUGUUUAUUUUCAUUCAUUUAAUUUGUUUUGUUUAUUUUUCUUACAUUUGAUUACAGACAGUACACCUAUGUUGCAAUUAUAUGAUAUUUUUUUUCCCAUGAAUGAUUGUAGAGGAUGUCUUCGUUGAUUACACGUUGGAUAGAUAUUAUGGAAUUAUAGAUUCUGUCAAUUCUUUUGGGUAAUAUAAGUGUAUUGCCUAAUGUGAAAGUGUGUAAUCUACUGUAAUUUACAGUACUGUAGCAUAUUACUUUCAGCACUUCUAAGGCCGUAUAUUGCAUUGUUUGCUAUUGGAUUAACUGGAUGUUGAAACUACUAAAUUGAGAAGAUAUCAUUAUGUUGUUUUGGUGUUUAAACCAAUGUUCUCAUAACACUUCACAAUUAACCUUUGAAUCAGUGGUUGGUGAGCGUUCUCACCAAGGGUGUGAAACACUUCUGCUUUGUGAACUUCAGUCCACCAAGAGUGUGAAAUGAUAUAACCACUGAAAGGAAAUUACGCUAUGGUGAUAGAGAAACUUCCCUCUUGGCACACACUGGAUGAAUCAACAUUGUUUCCACAAUAUUUCAACAAAAUUGCGUUGAACCAAUGUGGAAUAGACAUUGAAUUGACGUAUGUGCCCAGUGAGUAGUGUAUGGUGAGAAAGUUGUAGUGCAGAGACACUCUGACAGAGAGAGAAGCAAAGGAGAGAGUGAGGGAGAGGACAAUGGUUCAAAUGGCUGUUUUGGGACUGCUUGGGUCCCUUUUAUAUCUGCUAACAGGUGUCAGUGGACAAACUCUCUCUAUGUCCUCCAUAGUGGGAGAUGAUGUCAGUCUGCCGUGUAACAAUGUGGUUUAUCCAAACUGUUCCUCAACUACAUGGAUCUAUGACAGAGAUGGAACUGCCAUUGAACUAGUGGGUCUAGGGAAGGUGAAAAAACAACAACAACUGAACAACAUAGCUGACAGACUGAGUGUGGGGUCUAACUGUUCUCUAAAUGUUAGUGAUGUCAGAGCUGAGGAUGCUGGACUCUACACUUGUCAACAAUACCUUGCAAAGACUGGACCACAACAUGGAAAGGGUGUUCCUGUUCAUCUGUCUGUUAGAACCAAGAACAUAUCCUCCACAACUGCAAGACCAUCCACAUCAUCCAAUCCAUUCACUUCUGGUUCUCCUCCACCAAUCCAAAUCCUCGUCCUCCCUGUGGCUGUGGGAGCAGCUGUGUGUGUUGUUGCUGCUGUCAUCGUACUACACAAAAGGAGAACAAAUAACCGAAUGUCAGCUGAUGACAAAAUUGAUCUGACUGCAGGAAGCCACUCUAACGUACCAACCAAUGAGGACAAGCAUCAACCUGAUGGCAAUAUCACCUAUGCCUCCAUCCUCCACUUCAAUCAAAAUCCCCCACAGAGUGUUGAUCUCCAGGGGGAGGAUGCAGUGACCUAUUCCUCUGUUAAGCCCUCUACUACCAGAGGGAGAGAGACAGAGAACCAUGCUGACCCCAGCUCCCUCUACUCCACUGUCAACUAACCUCAGGGAGCCAAGACAUAAGGAGAGACAGAGAACCCUGCUGACCCCAGCUCCCUCUACUCCACUGUCAACUAACCUCAGGGAGCCAAGACAUAAGGAGAGACAGAGAACCCUGCUGACCCCAGCUCCCUCUACUCCACUGUCAACUAACCUCAGGGAGCCAAGACAUAAGGAGAGACAGAGAACCCUGCUGACCCCAGCUCCCUCUACUCCACUGUCAACUAACCUCUGUUGUUUAACCUUUAUUUAACUAGGCAAGUCAGUUAAGAACAAAUUAUUAUUUACAAUGACGGCCUACCAGGCCAAACCCUAACGACUCUUGGUCAAUUGUGCGCUGCCCUAUGGGACUUUCACCCACGGCUGGUUGUGAUACAGCCUGGAAUUGAGCCUGGGUCUGUAGUGAUGCCUCUAGCACUGAGAUGCAGUGCCUUAGAUCACUCAGCGCCGCGGUUAAAUGCAUCAUUUAACUUGUUAAGUUGACUGAGAACACAUUCUCAUUUACAGCAACAACCUGGGGAAUAGUUACAGGGGAGAUGAACGGGCCAAUUGGAAGCUGGGGAUGAUUCGGUGGCUACAGUAUGAUGGUCAGAUUGGGAGUGUAGCCAGGAUACCAGAGUUAACACCCCUACUCUUGCAGUAUCUUUAGUGACCACAGAGAGUCAGGACACUUGUUUUAACAUCCCAAUUGAAAGGCAGCACCCUACACAGGGCAAUGUCCCCAAUCACUGACCUGGGAUAUUUGAGGACAUGUGCGGCGUCUGUUUCUCAAACUAGACACUAAUGUACUUGUCCUCCUCUUGCUCAGUUGUGCACCGGGUCAUCCCACUCUUUCUAUUUUUGGUUAGAGCCACUUUGCGCUACUCUGUGAAGGGAGUAGUACACAGCGUUGUAUGAGAACUUCAGUUUCUUGGUAAUUUCUCGCAUGGAAUAGCCUUCAUACAAGAAUAGACUGACAAGUUUCAGAAGAAAGUUCUUUGUUUCUGACCAUUUUGAGCCUGUAAUCGAACCCACAAUUGCUGAUGCUCCAGAUACUCAACUAAAGAAGGCCAGAUGUAUUGCUUCUUUAAUCAGAAAAACAGUUUUCAGCUGUGCUAACAAUUGCAAAAUGGUUUUCUAAUGAUCAAUUAGCUAAUCCAAGUUUAUCAUUUUAAAAAGGCUAACAUAACGUACCAUUGGAACACAGAUGGUUGCUGAUAAUGGGCCUCUGUAGAUAUUCCUUUUUUUUUAUUUAUUUUUUUAAAUCAGCCUUUUCUUGCUACAAUAGUCAUUUACAACGUCUACACUGUAUUUUUGAUCAAUUAGAUGUUAUUUUAAUGGACCAAAAAUUGGCUUUUCUUUCAAAAACAAGGACAUUUCGAAGUGACCCCAAACUUUUGAACGGUAGUGUAUUUAUACCCUGGAUUGCUGAUGCUGUGUUGGCCAAUGAGAUGCUUUGAAGCCACCGCUCGGCUAUAUUGGCACUCCCUAGUAGGAGCAGUCCUCCAUAGAAAUGAAUGGAAUUCUACAGUAUUUUCAAUUAAAAGUUUCAAGGAUGAAAUUACAUGCAUUUAAGUAUUUUUGUUGUUGUAGUGAGGACAGUAACAUUAGUACAAAAAAUUAAUAUUUUAAGGAAAAUGUUUUUAUAUAUUUUUUUUUUCAUGUUUAGCUCACAUAAUAUACAUUGAAAGUAUGCAUAAAGGUGUCUGUAAUACAAUAAAUGGGUAAAAAAAAACAAGUGAAGAAAUUAAAUGCAUUUCUAUAGCUUCCAAAAUAUUUUACAAUUGAGGAGGAGUACCAAUAUUGCUGCCUGUGGCUUCAAUACAGCCCCCCCCUGUUCGUCAUCCAGGGUUUGCACACAUCAUGGUUUUAAUAAAACACCCACCAUGACGCCCAUUAGAUUUGCCAGAUAUCAGACAUUCUAAAGGUAGAGAAAACCCCCACCAACUUAGGUUAGGGAGUAAAAGUAACGUGUAACAAACCAAAAAAUGGAGAGACAAGAAAAAAGGCUUUAACAUAGAAAGGCUAUCCAAAUCAAAUGUAUUUACAUCGCCCUUCUUACAUCAGCUGAUAUCUCAAAGUGCUGUACAGAAACCCAGCCUAAAACCCCAAACAGCAAGCAAUGCAGGUGUAGAAGCACGGUGGCUAGGAAAAACACCCUAGAAAGGCCAAAACCUAGGAAGAAACAUAGAGAGGAACCAGGCUAUGAGGGGUGGCCUGUCCUCUUCUGGCUGUGCCGGGUGGAGAUUAUAACAGAACAUGGCCAAGAUGUUUAAAUGUUCAUAAAUGACCAGCAUGGUCAGAUAAUAAUCAUCACAGUAGUUGUCGAGGGUGUAGCAAGUCAGCACCUCAGGAGUGAAUGUCAGUUGGCCUUUCAUAGCCGAUCAUUGAGAGUAUCUCUACCGCUCCUGCUGUCUCUAGAGAGUUGAAAACAGCAGGUCUGGGACAGGUAGCACGUCCGGUGAACAGGUCAGGGUUCCAUAGUCGCAGGCAGAACAGUUGAAACUGGAGCACGGCCAGGUGGACUGGGGACAGCAAGGAGUCAUCAUGCCAGGUAGUCCUGAGGCAUGGUCCUAGGGCUCAGGUCCUCCGAGAGAGAGAAAGGAGAGAAUUAGAGAGAGCAUAUUUAAAUUCACGCAGGACACCGGAUAAGACAGGAGAAAUACUCCAGAUAUAACAUACUGACCCUAGCCCCCAGACACAAACUACUGCAGCAUAAAUACUGAAGGCUGAGACAGGUGUCAGGAGACACUGUGGCCCCAUCCGAUGAGACAAAUACUCUCAACUGUUUGAAUAAAAAUAGAGUUUAAGUUACCUGUGAUGAAUGUUGAAAUAUCAUAAUCCAUUACACACAAAUUAAAAUGCUGAAUUAGAUCUUUGUUGUUCAGACAGAGACGAAGUUGUAGAGGUGUUUGGUUGAUGGAUAUUGGUCUUCAAACUUUACUUUAAAUCAAUCUAAAUGAUUGACUGUGUUUAAUCACUGUCUGUCUCAUUGUCCAGGUACCAGUAAUGUUGUUAAGUUGCCCAUCAGUCACAUCAUGCUCUUUGUGACACUGACCAUCAUGGCUGCCAUAGUCACUAUUCACACAAGGAGGAACCGCCCACCCAAGGCUCUGCCCCCACAAGCAGGUGAGAGUCACAGGCAUUGGUCCAGUUCCAUUUAGGUUCCUAACUCCUCCCACAACAUCAGAGUUCACAGAUCUGAUAGGACUGUAUAGACCUAAACAUUCUGAAUGGUUCCAUCAAUCUAUAGAACACAUGGAGCAAACAUUACAUUCACAUUCUGAUCUUCAGAUGUGUGAACUGAAACGGAAUCAGGUCAUAAAUAGUCAUUGAAUAUUCUCAUCUUGUUCCUCUAAUCCUAUUAACUAGUUCAUCUUUAUCGUCUGCUAUAGAAUGAAUGGUGAGACAUGUUGUUUUGUUCUCUGUAUAGAAGAAGCCUCUGGUAUUGAGGUCCAUGUCCUGGAGGAAUGACCCCUUGUUCCUCACUCUUCUCCCUGUGCUGGACUAAGACUUUCAAACUGUCUGUAGCUUUAUUGAUUCAGUAACAGAGGAUAUUAUAAAUGUUUUUAAAGUUGAUGUUUAUAUAUUUUAGUGCAUAGAGUGGAAGAUGUAUCUUUUUUAUAGUAUCUUUUAAUACACCUUUAUGUAGUAGGGAUUCAAAUAUCAGCAAACCUUGGCUGAUGUGUUUAAUUUUUUCUGUCCGUUAAUGACAUCAGCAUGGAGAAAUUCCUUGGUAUUGUUUAAUUAAUCAUUUGUGUCCUAAGCAGACUUAAA